UGAAAGAACAGCUGUAGUACGUACUGCCGCGAAACGUGAAAUAGUAACAGUGUCGAAUGUUGUUUAUGUAUAAAAUGGGAGAAGAACUGAUAUUAACAAAUGGUACUUAAGAGUUUGUGCGAUUUCUUCGAACUUAAAUAUAAAAUUAUUAAUUUUGUCAGUAAAUAAUGUUAAAGAAAUGAGGAUAAUACUAAAGAUCGUACGGAAUGAAAGGCUAAAAUUGUAAAAAUAACAAGUACCAAGUCAAACAUGAUGAAAAGUGAUGAAAAUGUGGAUGAGCUUUUGAAUACCAUAUUCUUGGGCGAGGUGCGCUCAGUUCAUAACUAUGGAGCUUUUGUUACUAUACCAGGCCGCCGUGACAAUGGGCUAAUACAUCGUAGCCAAAUUUCCAAAAGUGCAGUAGAUGACGCAAAUGAUGUGUUACAGCGUGGAGAAAGAGUUUGGUGCAAAGUUAUCGGUGUAACGGAUGGAAAGAAAAUUUCCUUGUCAAUGAAAGUGGUGGAUCAGGGAACUGGAAAGGAUUUAGACCCAAAUGGAGUUCAGAUUCACCAAGACGAACUCAAAAGAAAGUCCUUCGACCCGUCUUCGAGGAGAAAAGUUAUUGAACUUGAAGCAGUGUUAAAGACAACGUGUACAAAAUGUGGUACUUAUGGACAUUUAGCAAAAGAUUGCUUCAAGAGUCCAGAUGGGAAAACCUAUGAGCUUUUGCCAGAUGAUGACGAUGAUGAUGUGCCCGGUGUACUUGCUCAGCUAGCUGAAGAGGCACAGAAAACAAAGCAUAGUAAGAAAGCAAAGAAAAUUAAAAAGCACAAGAAAAGUAAAAGUCACCACAAGAAAUCGAAAAAGUCUAAAAAGAAACGAAAAAAUGCAAGUGAUACAUCUGACAGUGAGUGUUCUGAUAAAUCAGCCAGCAGCAGCCCAAAUAAUGAAAGGAAAAUAAAGGGACAUCAUAGCGAAAAGUCCCACAGAAAGAGAAGCCAUUCAUUAUCUCCAGAAAGUGUUUCCAAGAGGAAGAAACAGUAAAACAUUGUACUAUUGUAAAAAGAUACUGAUUUUACCAAAGACAAUUUCAGGCAAAUGCAACAGUCACCUUUGUAUUUCCUUUUAUGAUUAUUAGUAAAAGUGAACUGGAAAAGUCUA